AUGGAUGCGGCCAAAGUGACUAAAGGGACUGUCGCCACAGACGACGAAGCGACUUCGCAACUGCCGUCCUAUCCCACCGCGCCCCCUCCUUCCUCGAUCGUGGCUCUCCAGACCCUACAUAAUGCCCAUCCCACCGUGAUGGACCUCGACUCCCAAACCGCUGAGGAUCGUACUCGCCGAGCCGCCAGCGUACUUUCCAUGGAUGACCUCGAGGCUGCUCAAGCACUCGAGGGUCUUCGCUCUGAUUUCGGUCAAUCCCCUCGAGCAGCGCGACAAAGUUUACCUGCCGCGCAAUCUGAGCCGACGCAGCCAGAGCCGUUGCUAUCACUGUUAACCUCAUCCCACCCGCUGAUUUCUUCCGCCAUCAACGGGUCCGUUUCCGCAUAUACCACGUCCAAGUCGUACUCGGCCCGUUUCAAGUCUGGCGCGGAGUUCAUCGAGCGCAACAUCGGUUCGCCAGUCGCAAAUACUGUCGGGACAGUCGGCCGCAAGACGGGCGUCGAGAGCGGUUUGCGCUGGGCGCUGCAGCGGCGCGAAUCCACGGCCGAGAAACACGCAAGCAAGCGUCGCAAGGUGAACGCCGAGGCGGCCCCGCCGACAGUUAAUGGCGACCAAAGCCCGGAAGAAACAGCCAUGACACCAGCACGCACGCGCAGCUCCUCGGACCUGUCAAUGGCCGAGACCCUGCCUCCGUAUGACGAGAUGCGAUCUCCCCGCUACGAGGAGAAACCGGGGCGACAGACCCCAGCUACCUGGCAGAGCCGCCUAGUCAUCUCGACAUCGGGACUAGGAGUGGCGAUGAGUGAAGAGUCUCUCCGCAGCCUCCAAUAUUGUUUGACAUGGCUGCGUUGGGCGAAUGGUCGGCUCGGAAGAGCUAUUGUCGCCCUCCAAAAUGCCUUGACCGAAUGGGAGAAUCACAAGCGACAAUCUGAGCAAGGCGACUUAGAGAGUAGAGGAAACACCGAUAGCCCCGAGAACGCAUCUCUGCUUACCCAGCGCAUUCAAGCCGUCAAGGCAGACGUUCUCUCCACCUUGAAACAAGUGGUGGAUGUGGUGUCCAAAUACGCCGGAGGGGCCUUGCCGGAGAACGCCCGUCAUCUAGUCCGACGACACUUGACAUCUUUGCCACACCGAUUCCAGAUAGCGAGCACAUCGCAGCCCCCAGCCGAUUCGCCCGCUGCUGCAUCAGAUGCCACCGUCGGCGCUCACCGAAUAUUGGUACUGGCGAACGAAGGACUCGAUAUUUUGGGUCAAGUCAGCGGUGUCGUCAACGACACCCUCGUCAGUGCUGAGCACUGGUGUGAACGUCUGGGACGCAAGCGCCCCGAAAAAUCCGCGCCGGAUGCGGAGAAUCAAAACCAACCCCUUCCACCGCCGGACGCUCAACCAUACGGCAUGGAUAUCAAGCAACCCUUUGUCACGGAAAGUACACCCCAGGAGGAUGUUCAGAUGACUGGAAUCGAGAAGGUCUGA